AUGACUUGGAUCACACCACAGACUACCGAGGGCAGGAACGUCUGCUUCACCCUGCGAGAGAGAAACACCUUCAGCUUGAGGCCUGCAGCAGUGAACAGGAGGCACAGCACUGAUGGGACCCUUGGAGGCCAUGUUGACUCUGACCGUUUCCAUCCGUACCAUCGACAGUUCAGUGAUGGAGUGGUGCCGGCUGCAGGUGGCCUCCAGCAGGGCUCGUCCUCUUUCAGCUGCCUGCAGGAGGUGUGCAGCCCUGACACUUAUUCACACAGCUCAGGCAGCGAGGCUCCAACAUCCUGGGACCAACACGACGACAGCAUGCAGAGUUCGUACCCAGAACUAUCAACCCUUCCUGUAGAGCCCUCCUGCUUCCUGUCUCAGAGCUACCCAUCCUACAGUUCAAUGAUCCCUCUGCAACAGGUGUCACAAACAAUGAGCAAAGAUAGUGCCGCCUUAUUUGUUGCAAAAGCAGCGGACAGUGCACAUGACUCAGCCAACGCAAAUGUCUCACCCAGACUGAACCACAACAACGAUCAGCUCCACAGCUCAAAAUAUUCUCUCCAAAGUCUCCCAACUCAAUCACAGCAGGAGAGCAACACACAGCCCCUCUUCCCCAAGCCCAUUUAUUCAUACAGCAUCUUGAUCUUCCUGGCUCUGAGGAACAGUAAAACAGGAAGCCUGCCGGUCAGUGAGAUCUACAGCUUCAUGACGGAACACUUCCCUUAUUUCAAGUCAGCUCCUGAUGGAUGGAAGAACUCUGUGCGUCACAACCUCUCUCUCAACAAAUGCUUUGUGAAGGUGGAGAACAAAAAUGGGAACUCGUCCCGUAAAGGCUGUCUUUGGGCUCUCAAUCCAGCCAAGGUGGAGAAAAUGCAGGAGGAGCUGCACAAAUGGCGUCGCAAGGACCCCGUCACAGUUCGCAGGAGCAUGGCAAAACCAGAAAGCCUUGAUCGUCUUCUGGGAGAGAGACCCAAUAAGCUCAGGUCUUUGUCCCCUUACACCAACCCAGCUGUGAGAACCAGAGCGGCCCCCCUUUAUGGCAACACUUCCUCACUCUGCUCCCCAGCCCAGCUGCCGCCAUCCAGCCCACCUCUUUGGCGUCUACAGUAUUCCCAUGUUCAGCCUCAGCAGCACUGCUACCCCCCCCCUGCCACUGCUCACCCCAGCAACUCAUUCUCCCCGUACUCCCCCUGUGGGCAGCAGCCUGCAGCCACUUUCCUAUCAGUCAAUGGGAGCUUGCACUCCCCCAUGGCUGGUAAGAUGCCCCCUGCUUACAGUGGCACCCCGCAGGCUGAGUACAGCUCCAGGAGCAUGCAGGACCUGCUGGUGGAGGGAGACGCCAGUUAUGACAUCGACACGCUCAACCCAAGUCUGAUUGACCUACAGCUGCAAGGUUACUUUUGGGAGGAGCUACAGGAGGACAGCCUGAUGCCCGACCCACAGGUGACCCCCACCACCUCGGACGUCCAGACCAGCUGCCUUCAGCCCACGUCUCCUGUGGGUCAGCUUUCAGAGGGGACUGGCGUAGCUCAGCGAAAAGCGGAGUUUGAGGACGGAAACACAGGCAGAAGCUUUGAUGGUUAUUUGAAUGGGCUGCAUCCUGCGGUUUAUUCAGGGGUGGAGAGCCUGGCUGGGUAUCUGACCUCCUGCACCGCCUCCAUCUCCUAAUGAAAAGACUGUUUGGGCUCUCACACUUUCUGACCACUAUAUUAACCUUUAAUGAAUAAUAUUGUCUCAAGCAUCUUAGGUUAUUUUAACCCAUUAACUCUGUGUUUACCUUUGCAUCACAGACUGUGGACGAAUUAGGUAUGUUUUUCAUACACAUUUUUCUUUUUCAUUUAUCUAUUUGCAAGAGCUCUUUUCAUGGUGAGUUUGCCAAUGUUUUUAUAAAUGAGAAAAACAAAUAUGAGAUGUUAACUUAUACUGUCACAUUUUUUUUUACAUUUUGUAUUCUAACAUUUCUUUAUUUCUGUUGUUAUUAUUGUUUUAUUAUUAUUAUUGUUAUUAUAAUUAUUAUUAUUAUUAUUAUUAUUAUCCUUGUAUGAAUUCAUCUUUCCUAUGCUGUGCAUCACCCUUGUUGCUGAUAAUUACCCUUUGGGGAUCAACAAAGGUUUAUCUUACCUUAUAUUAUCUUAUCUUAUUUACCUGUUGCAGAAUGUAUGACAUUGUUUUUAAAAUUACACAUCAUUGCUCUUUAAUCCAUUUACUUUUACGUAUUUCAAAAAAUCUGAUCAGCAUAAGAAAAGCUGUCUAUGCUGAUGUCCAAUAACAAGCCGGCCUGGUGGAUGAUAUUAGGGGUCAUCCUGACUGCAAUGCAGUAAGACUGUUGUCACAGAAGAUGGCAGCAAACACACUUUGUCGAAAACGAGGGAUUAUCGUCUGAUAAUCUUCAGUCGUUCAUUUUAGUACUUUUGUUUUCUACAUUACGUAGCCUGAAAAAGACCAGAGAGAUAAAGACCAUAUUUCAUUUCCAAAUCUCAGGCUUUAUCUGAAAAUCA